ACACGGCGACCGAAUGUUGCGUUGGAGUGUGUCACAGAUUCCAACACCAGUCCAAACCACGUCUCGCUGACUUGCUCGGGGUACCUCGGGCCAGUCCGUGGAGGGAUAAAAGUAGGGACUGAUUGAUUGAUCAGUGUUACGAGAACCCUCUCAAUGGGGACACCAGGAAGGUGGCGCUUUCGCUAGUGCGGGCUGAUAAAUUAGCAUAUUCUUGUUUACCCAUCUCCGGUCCGUGCGUAUUUGAGAGAGAGAGGGGAGGGAGGGGGGGGCAAGAAAGGGGGUCGUGUCUUAUUAAGAAAAAAGGUUCUGUGUAACGGGAUCAUUGUGUUUGAGGCGGUAGAAGAGGGAAGUCGUAAGCGAGAGAGAGAGAGAGGGGGGGAGAGCGAGAGAGAGAGAGACAGAGAGAAGGACACAUAGAGAGAAGCAAAAGAUUGUAAUGAAGAUGAAAGUUUGGAGUUUGUUGUCCACUCUCUGUAUCUUAGCCCUGGCUAUGGGGUCGGAGUGCGACGGGCAGAAGGCUGCUCAGCCCCAGCGCUCCAAGCGUGCGCUCCGUCUAGCUGUGGAUCACCGCGCUGGCCCCGGCACCGACUCCACGGGCUCAUGUGGCACCAGGGUUACCCGCGGCAAGCGAGCGUUGCCCCGGCCCCGCUCCGACCAUCCGCUCCGGCAGAUGCCGCCGCCUUCAUAUCAGCAGCAGCAGCAGCAGCAGCAGCCACCACCGCCGCCGUCAGCCCGCGACCGCAACCCGGGCAAAUUACUCUACUUCGCCGGCACCGGCAACCAGCUGCGACUUCGGACGACCACCGAGAUCCCCCGGCAGCGAUUCACUCUGGAAGUGAGGGUGAAACCAGAAGGAGGGCAACGUUCGCCAGCUGUCAUUGCAGGACUCUACGACAAAUGCCCUUGCACACUGCGGGACAGAGGAUGGGGAGUUGGCAUCCAGUCGGCGGACGGCUUGGGCAAGAGGGACCCGCGGUUCUUCUUCAGCCUGAGGACGGACAGAGCCCGCAAGUUGACCACCAUCAUGACCCAGCAGAAGUACCAGGCCAACCAGUGGGUCCACUUGGCCGCCAGCUACGACGGGCGGGAAAUGAAGCUCUACGUGAACGGGGCGCAGGUGGCCAGGAGCAGCGAGCAGGUGGGCGACAUCUUCAGUCCCCUCAGCAAAAAGUGCAAGGCUCUCACACUCGGGGGGAACUUUCAACAUCAGAACUUUCGCGGCUAUGUCACCGACUUUAGCUUGUGGGGCGAAGGCAGAACUCAGCAGCAGAUAAUCCAAGAUAUGAAACACCACGCUCAAGAUACUAAUGGGCAGGUCCUUUAUGACAACUUUGAGGAUGUGAAGAGGCACUGGCUCACUGUGAAGGACAGCAAAUACCCUCGGGCAGAACUGAAGCAUUACGUUGACUGGGUAUCAAGCACCAACCUGGAACCUCCACCCUGUGGCCAAACUGUGUGUGACAACAUGGAGGUCACGUUGAGCUACAACAACCUCUUCAACUUUCGCAAGAUGAAGACAGUUCGCUACAGGGUGGUCAACAUCUGCGACGACAACCAGCAGAAGACCACCGUUACCAGAGAGCAGAUCCAACUUCAGCACCGGCACCUAAACAGCGCCUUCGAGCGGUACAAUAUUACCUGGGAUAUUACAGUUCUGGACGUGAAGAAUUCCUCCCUGAGGGACCGUCUUAUCUUGGCCAACUGCGAUAUCAGCAAAAUUGGGAACGGGGACUGUGACCCGGAGUGCAAUCACACGCUCACCGGAAACGAUGGUGGUGAUUGUAAACCGCUCAGGCGCUCGCCUCUGUUAAAGAAGAAAGGAAAUGGGGUGUGUGAUAUGGAAUGCAAUGAUGAACUGUACAACUUUGAUGAUGGUGAUUGCUGCAAUCCAGCGGUGACUGAUGUAACAAAGACAUGUUUUGACCCAAAAUCACCCUACAGGGCGUACUUGGAUGUAAACGAUCUGAGGAACAUCCUGAAGCUGGAUGGUGCAACGCAUCUCAACGUAUUCUUCGCCAAUUCUUCGGAUGAAGAGCUAGCCGGGUUUGCUACAUGGCCAUGGAAUAAAGAAGCCCUCACACACCUAGGUGGCAUUGUCCUGAAUCCUUCGUUCUACGGGAUCCCUGGACACACCCACACCAUGAUCCAUGAAAUCGGCCACAGCCUUGGGCUCUACCACGUGUUCAAGGGGAUCUCUGAGAUUGAAUCUUGUACAGACCCAUGCGUGGAGACCGAGGCUUCGAUGGAGACAGGAGACUUGUGCGCCGACACCAAUCCAACACCAAAAAAUAAACAGUGCAAAGACCCUGACCCGGGCAAUGAAACCUGCGGAUUUGGCAAUUUUAUUAACACACCUUUCUUCAACUACAUGGGUUACGCAGAUGAUGACUGCACCAAUUCCUUCAGCCCCAAUCAAGUAGCCAGGAUGCAUUGCUACUUAGACCUGGUGUAUCAGAGCUGGCAGUCGUCCGCAAAGCCUCCACCUAUACCUGUCGCACCUGAGAUCAUCCAUCAGAGCACAGAAUCCGUGACGUUCCACUGGCUUCAUCCAAUUGAUGGGCAGUUCUAUGAGAGCGUGGUGGGAUCAGUCUGUGAUGCCUGCACAGAACAUGGUGAACUUGUCCAGUAUGCCUUCAACGCUUCUUCCCCAAGACCUUGUGAUCCUUCCGGACAUUGGAGCCCCAGAGAAGCAGAAGGACCCCCUGAUGUGGAGCAACCUUGUGAAAACUGUGUGAAAACAUGGAGCCCGGAUGCUGGUGUUGAUGUGAAGACGGUCCCUCCGAGCUGCCCAGAAGCUCAGGGCUGCUACCUGGAAUUGGAGUUCCGCCACGCAUUGAUUCCCGACUCCCUGACGGUCUGGGUCACCUUUAUUGAAGACGACACUCACGAAGCCAUCCACAAUAUCAAGCUGCUGACAGUGAGCGGAAAGGAAAUCUCGCUCGGGGCCCAGAAAGUCUUCUGCGAUGUCCCCAUCACCCUCAAGCUCAUGGUGACGGAGGAGGUCUACGCCGUGCGCCUCUACACCCUCGACGAGCAUCUGGAAAUUGAUGCUGCUAUGCUGACGUCAGCACCGCACAACGUUUUAUGCGGAGAAUGUCGAGCCAUCCGGUACAAGAUCCACCGCCAUCCACCGUUCCAACAGGGAGCCACCUUCACGGUGACCGACUUGAGCAGGAAAUUUGAAGAUGUAGACGUACAGCCCAACACUUUGUACACGUAUCAGGUGGUGGUGGCCAAGGGCUUGGAAGAGAGCGAACCUUCCCCACCGCUCAGCCACAUGCAUGGAGCAGCCUACUGUGGAGACGGACUGAUCCAGAGACAUCUGGGAGAGGAAUGCGAUGACCAGAACAAAAUGAAUGGAGAUGGCUGUUCCAGUUUGUGUCGGCAGGAGACAUCUUUCAACUGUGUGGAUGAACCCAGCAGAUGCUAUUUUCACGAUGGCGAUGGCGUGUGUGAAGACUUUGAGAAGAAGACCAGCACGCGGGAUUGCGGUCUCUACACGCCCAGUGGUUUUAUGGAUCAGUGGGCAAAUAAUGUCACCGUCUCACACCAUGACGAUCAACAUUGCCCGGGAUGGGUGAUCAUUGGCCAUCCAGCUGCACCAAAGGUGUGCAACACUCGAGUUGUGGAUGUGACAGAUGGAGAGGCUCAGUAUGCGUGGUUUCCUUGCACCGAAGCCUUUCGCAGUGUUUCAUUCUUCCCCGCAAAAUACGGGUUGAAGGCCUACUUUGCUCAGCCUAUGGUGGCUGCUGCUGUCAUUGUUCACCUGGCUACUGAUGGAAUUACCGUCAUGGAUCAAAAGCAAGAAUCAAUCGCAGUUCAGUUGGUUGACACAAAGGAUCAGAAUCAUGACCUGGGAAUGCAUCUCGUAAACUGCUGGAACAACCCCCUCGUUAUCCCUGUCAUUCACGACCUCAGCAAGCCAUUCUACAGGACCACCGCCAUCCUAAUUACCUUCGAGUCUCCAUACAUCGCCAUCUCUGGGGUGGCCCUGCGUUCCUUCCACAACUUUGACCCCAUUACAAUUAGUAGCUGCCAAAGCAGUCAGAUGUACAACCCCACGGAGCAGAGCUGUGUCCACUAUUCUUGUGAAGCCACCGACUGUCAGGAGCUGAAGCUUAAAAACGCAGUGCUGAAUUGUACAGGGGCAGGCCACUACAAUGGGGACCAGUGCACCGUAUCCUGCAAGGAAGGCUUUGUGUUUCACCAGCGCAGAGAUGAAGAGAGCUCCAAAGGGCAGUCUAAAUUGGAGAUGACCGUCACCUGUACGGAUGGCAAAUGGAACCAGCAUGUUCCGUGUGAGCCGGUAGACUGUGGGAUCCCUGACCAGUAUCACGUCUACCCUGCCACCUUCUCUUGCCCGGAAGGGACCACUUUUGGGAAGCGGUGCUCCUUUCAGUGUCGACCACCGGCUGAACUCCGAGGGACCAAUAACACUCUGGACUGCCUCGAUGAUGGCCUGUGGUCUUUCCCCGAAUCCAUCUGUGAGCUGCUGUGCCUGGCUCCAACGCCCGUGCCCAACGCUGAGCUCCAGAGCGCGCACUGCCACCAAGAUGGCCACAAGGUUGGAUCGUCGUGCAAGUACAAGUGCCGAGAGGGGUACUACGUCCCCAUAGACGGGAAAAAGUCACGGAAGCGGUCUUUCAAGACUAAGUGUACAGAGGAUGGGAGCUGGCAGCCAGGAGUGUGUGCCCCUGUCACGUGCAAGGCGCUCCCCGCAAAGUUUCACGGCACUUACCAUUGUACCAACGGCUUCCAGUUCAACAGUGACUGCUGGAUGAACUGCAGCGAUGCCAACAACCAGACCGAACCUGUCAACGUGAUUCGAUGCCAGAUGAAUGGGACGUGGAACGGCUCACUACAGGUGUGCAGCUCAAUGAAGGGAGACUGCCCUCAUCCUCACCAUCUCAACACGCACAUACGACUGAGCUGCAAAGAUGGUUAUGGCAUAGGUGCAGAAUGUACUCCUUUGUGUUUGUUACAUCAACAUGACCCCGUGUUCCUACCAAGUAACAUGACUGCAGACAGCGUGAGAUUCUGGAUGAGCCCUCAGAAGGCAAAGAAUAUAGUUUGUACGGCGGGACAUACGUGGCACCCACACCCUAAAACGAUUCACUGCAUUAAAUCUUGUGAGCAGGCUUUCAUGAGGGACAACUAUUGCGAUGGAAUUAACAACCGAGCCUACUGCAGUUAUGACGGCGGGGAUUGCUGUGCUUCUACAGUCCUCACUAAAAAGGUGGUACCUUUCCCCAUGUCUUGCGAACUUCACGGGGAGUGCGCCUGCCGGGACCCGGCCGCCCAGGAGCACAGCAAAGCGAGGCAGCAACGGUACUUCCACGGGCACCAUUAGUCGGGAGGAGCCGGGGAGAACUACACACAGCGGAAGGCGGACUGGGAGACCGACACACAUUUCUUGCUGCUUAACAGAGGAACACCUCUGAACAGAUGAUACUCUCUCACACACACACACACACACACACACAAUUCGACUGGUCUGCCUUCUGUCUGAAGACUGGAGUGAGAAAAACAAAGGAAUAAAGACACAAACGACACAUUGAAUGAACAAACCCCACAAAAAAAAAAAUAGCAUGAUUUAUGCCUGCUUUGGUGGCCGUCCACUGGCCAAAACCCCUUCAACACCGACCCACCCACCCGCACCCCUACAUCAUCCUCUCCCCCCAUAUAUAUUUAAAGAUUUCUUUU